AGCCCCUGCCUGUAGGACGUUGACAACGGCUUUAAUUGAUGCGAGUAGACGGGAGAAAGUGCCAUGUCUCUCGGGGCUGUAGUUAAGCUUCAGCGAGAAUAAGAAGAAGAAGAGAUGGUGGGGGUAGUAUAUUGUAGGAGUUGGCGGGGUUGCGCGGUGGAGCGGCGCGUCGUUCCGGUGACGAGACAGACGUGAAUCGGGUAUAGAACGCAGUGAACAAAGUUCAACACCAGGAAAGUCACAAUAGCCCCUGGGCUGUGUUGUUGUCGGAUUCAUAGAAAGACCAACGAGUUGGAAGAGCAAUCAUCACCACCACUACAAUCAUCAAGGACUGACACCCUUCGGAGAGGAAAUGAAGGAAGGAGACGGGCCCGAUGUUGAACCAUUGAACCAUUUGAGCACUCCGGCGGUCGUGGGAAUCUGUCUCGGAGGUGUUGUGCUCCUGAUCUCCGUCGCCGCCGUCAGUUGUUUUUGUUAUCGCGGACAUCACCAGCAAACAAGGAGCACUAAGAAAGCGCGGUCGCCCGGCAGUCACAUUGGAUCAGAGAACAGACCGUUGGCUUUCCGUAAGCCGGUGGCGGUCAAAAGCCCCAACAACCCGCAGCAAUUGACUCACUCGUAUCCCGUCAGCGGAGGAUCAUCGGUUGCCAUCAGCCACCACCUCAAGAAAUCGCCAAGUCCGACAGGAGCCAAAACUCCUCCCGGCUCCUGUCCCAUCGGCAAAUCUCCUAGUCCACUUUCCGCGACGACGCCUUCGACGCUGACCCCAACUUAUGAAACGAGCAGCCCGCAGGUGAGCCGGAAAAACUCUCUGAUCUCGGGAUGUUCUCGUUCCGUCAUCAACGCCCUCCAAGAGGAAGGGCAGCAGCGCGAGUCUGUCAUCCGCUUUCAAUUGGAGAACGAGGUCACUCAUCCAGCGGAAUUGAUGAAAAGUGACUUGGUGGCAUCCGCUUCCGCAAACCUCCCCGGCGGAGAAAUCGACUUGGUCAAGAUGGAAUGCGGAGGCGGAUCCAACAAACUGGGACAACUCUACUUUAAAGUCAGGCACAAUGUUGAAAAGAGUACGCUCAACAUCACCGUGGUCAGAUGCCAAGGUCUGCCGGCUCGUGAUUCCAACAUCGGUUCCAGCGAUCCUUACGUCAAACUCCAAUUGCUGCCCGACAAACACCACAAGGUCAAGACCCGCGUCCUUCGUCGCACUCUCAAUCCCGUCUACGACGAAGACUUUACUUUUUACGGAAUCGGAGAAAACCAACUUCAGAGCUUGACGCUCCAUUUCGUCGUUUUAUGUUUCGAUCGAUACUCGAGAGAUGACGUCAUUGGCGAAGUGUUGCUGCCAGUUAACGAAGCUCUGGAGGAAAUGACAGAUUCAGUCGAUUCCAACAAUACUGCAGACAACGGAAACCACUCUGGUGCUCUACUAUUCCGAGAUAUUGCGCCACGCAGUCAUAAGAUGAGAACUCACGGAAGAGGCGAGCUUCUGGUGUCGCUUUGUUAUCAACCGCAAGCUUCUCGACUAACAGCCGUCGUCCUGAAAGCUCGCAACAUUCCCCGCAUGGACAUGACCGGCCUUGCUGAUCCUUACGUCAAGAUUUAUCUUGUGCACAAUGGACAACGAGUGGCCAAGAAGAAGACGCACGUCAAGAAGCGCACGCUGAAUCCCGUUUUUAACGAGUCGUUUGUUUUCGACUUGCCGGCCAGCGCCACUUCACUGGACAAUAUCAGUCUCGAAUUUCUCGUCCUCGACUGGGAUCGCGUCACCAAAAAUGAGCCUUUGGAUUUAAAACAGGUGAUUGGACGUUUGGAAUUGGGCGGAGCCAAGACGAUUGGAACGGCCUUGCAUCACUGGAACGAGGUCUUGAAUUCUCCACGUCGUCAAAUCGCCGAAUGGCACAAACUGAAGGAUUGAAUCCGGCCGCAUUGAUCACCCAUCAAAAGGUGAAACCAUCGCGUCAACUCCAACCUUUUCCCUCCCAUUGGAACAUAUUAUUUCCUCCCCUCGAACGUUAUUAUCUAUUUAAAAUAUAUACAUAUUUACUUCUUACACGAUUCGAUCUAUGUUUGCUAUUGUGUCACGGAUUCUAUUGCUGCUCGCUGUAGACUGGAAAGCUUUUUAUACGUGAACAAUCCACCCCGAAAUGUUUCCUCCUUGCUGUCCACACGCCUCUUUAUCACAAUUCAAUUCGCUCCUAAAAGCUAUACACACUUUUCCAUCCACUGAACUAUAUCAAUCGGAAGAACCGGCGGCCACAUUAUUUAUUUUCGUUGCCUGGACGAAAUGACGAAGAAUUAUUUCUAUAAAUACAAGGAGAGAUUGACGGCAUCUUUCCUCCUGUGCUGCUACGAAGAAGAAAACGUUUUCAUCGGCUCCUUUGUUUCCCCCGUUUUUGUCUGGUUCCGAAAACAGAAAUUGUUGACAAAAAUUUUCAUGUGAUGACGAAAUUAUGUAAAACGCGACAAUGAAGAAAUCAAUACACAUCAGUUUAUUGGGCAAUGCA